UCAUCCUCCUCGAUCUCCUAUAGCCACGAUAUACUUUUUCUCUUAUCCUCACCAACCAUUUUAUUUGCACUUUUAAAUCAGCACAACCUUCCUCCCCUUUCUCUUCCGUACAGUUAUCUCUUCCACGUUUCCAAUGUACGAUUAGUUGAAUUUCACAAACGAUGACCGGGCGCAUAACGCAUAACAGCUUUACGCUGAGUGACCGGUCACUUCAGAGACUUUGAAUUGAUUCAAACGGCAGUCACUUUGUCAGUUUGUUCGAUUUCCGGUACAGGGGUCCAGUUCAGUUGCCCAGUGCGUGAAAAUAUAUAUUGUUUGUUUGUUGUCGUGGAAUUUUAUUGCUGCAAACACUCGAUAAGUACACGUUUUACAUCAUAUAACAGGGUUCCUACACUUAUAAAUCAUGAUAGAAAGUAGCAAUAUUAUAUUUUGGUUCUGGGCAGUGAUGACUAUAGGCGUGUGCACCCUGCAAUGGCCAAUGCUAUUCAUCUCUAGUAGUAGUAGUAUGCCCGCUGCCCUGCAAAACCUGAUUCGAUACGGCAAACUGGGUUCACACAAAGACAUCAGUAACCAUGGUUGGUGUCACGUUCCUAAGCGAUACUUUACACACUACUACAUUAUCGCCACGCUGUGGAAUGGAUUUUUGACUGCCGUGCUGCUGCACGGCUACUACUUCAACAAGAGCACGCCGUUCACGUGGCUCGGUGAGCUCUUCGACUUCCUGACUGGUCCGCGAGAUGGCGCGCGCGUCGACGCGCUGUCGGCGGGGCUCGGCAUGACGAUGCUGUUCGUGCAUGUUGCAAGACGACUGUAUGAAUGCCUGUUCGUCAGCGUCUACUCGCAGUCCACCAUGAGCUGGCUGACUUACAUCAUUGGCUGCGCCUACUACCUCGGAUUAGCUCCUGCCCUGCUAAGCCUGGCCGAGGGAUUUCCAUACGUCGACACACCGAUCCGACUACAAUUCCACUGGUGGCAACCAGUAGGCAUUGCGCUGUUCCUGUGGGCAAACUGGCACCACCACACAGCCCACGUCAUCCUUGCAAGACUGAGGAAGGACAGCAAAGGCCGCGUGAAAACACUCAUACACUGCAUUCCGAGCGGAGAUUGGUUCGACCUCGUGUCGUGCCCGCACUUUCUGGCGGAGAUCCUCAUCUACCUGGCCCUCGCCAUGACAAUGGGGUUGCGUCACUACAUCUGGUGGAUGGUGGUGGUAUUCGUGGUUGCAAAUCAGGCGGCCAUGGGCAUCGCAACACACAGGUGGUACCAAGCGACCUACACCAGUUACCCACCGAACAGGAAAGCAAUAUUUCCACACGUACUGUGAGCUGUCCAGGCAUGGGAUGUACCGAAGCCACUUCUUAAAUCUCAGGAUAAUCAAUACAGCUCUAACUUCACAUCUAAACACACAUUGUGGACCAUAUUACAAUUAAUUAAAUAUAUAAUUGAGAGCUUUUGUUACUGCAUUUAAAAAAAAUGAAGAGAUAAGGCAUAGCAUAUGUAAAAGGGAACAUUAGUCAAGAUUUUAACAUAAUUUCCAGGUAAUCGUGUUUUAUCGUAAUUAAAUGCGUGUCGUAAUUAAAUCGUGGUUAAUCGUAAUUAUAUGCUCCGCAGCAAUCUGUGUCUCAAUAUUGGAUAGUAGGGAUUUACCGAUACAUCGGUGAAUCAUGAUAGUGGCCCACGAUACGAUAAUCGAUAUGUAGCGUCUGUAUUGCGAUAUUAUUACAGUCAACCUCGCCUAAUUCGUCAUCACUUUAUUCGUAGAAUACCUAAUUCGUACAAAAACAUGCGGUCCCAAUAUUUCUCUUCUUUAUUCCCUUUAAUUUCCGUUGUAUAAUUCGUAUUCUGUAAUUCGUACAUAAUUCUCUGGUCCAAUUAACGUUAUUCAAUUCAAAAUGACACGUGUAAUUCGUAGGGGAUGUUUGUUUAUGCAAGCAACAUUUUAUCUUUGAGUAUAUUUAUAAACACUGCCACUCGCUCAACAAUUAAAAUCAAUAAGCCAUUUCGUAGUCACGCAUUGAGCAUGCGCGAGAUUUGGGAGUAUUGUACAUAACCCACUCGCGCUGUCUCCGUUCUGUGUGAUAGCAAGUGGAACCGUAGGUAAUGUAUUUGUCCAAGUUUGAAAUAAAAUGAAAUUUAACCAAGAUUUGCUCAAUACAAAA